CGCAUUGUCCCGCCUGUCCCGGGACGGCCGCUCCCGCCCCGGCUGGGACAGUGCCGGCAGCUUCCUUCAACCAUGCUGCCCGCGGCUGGGAGCCCUGCCGUGAGCCCGGGCAGCCGGCAGCGCGCUGACUCCUGGUGAAGAGCUACGGGGGUUUACCGUUUAACGUGUGUGGCACGGCUGCAGCGGGCUAGCGGGGCCCGCAGGACCUCCUGAGCACGCUGCCACUUAGAUUCAAGAGCACUUUAGCAUCUCAUCAGGGUGCUUGCCUCUUUCUUCAAUUGGCUCCAACAAGCAUCAUGAAGUUUCUAAGUAGUUUUACCACACCUUUUGAUGCCUCCGAAGAAGAAGUGUACCCACAAGGCCAGGAAGGCAGAGCUGAUUUUCCUUGAGAAGCCAUGGGCAGGACCCAUCCAUUGUUAUGAAGCUCCACCGCAUUUGGCUGAGAAUCCCAGACGUGUGCCUACAAAACCUGUGGACCUGAAUACCUCUUCUGCCUGGGUGUGCCCACAAUUUGACACAAGUAAGCCAGUGGUGUUGAAAGCACGCCAGAAGAAGCAUCAUGGUCCUCAGAAGCCCUAUAAUCAGGAUGCCAACCACAGCUCAUUUCAUGCAGGAGGAGCUUGUCAAGGAGCUGUAGCCUGCAGAUUUCCUCCUUUAACUUUUGAGAAUUCAGAAGGACAUGCAGUCCCUCCGUUGGAUGAUCCAAAUUGCUUGAGAAAGAAUGCACAGUGCUCUCCCAACCACCCUAAGAAAGGGACAGCAGCAAACGCCAACAUCCAGGUGAAGGGUCCAGAGAACUAUGGAGAGCCUGCUUCCCAGCCUGUGGAGCAAGAAGUCCCUAGUCCAUCAGAUGCAGAGGCUGCAAAGGUUCCUUCCCCAAGGAAUGGGAGAUGCAGCAACACCCUAUCACAAAGUAGUCAUGCCUGGCAUCCAGAAGAAGAGUUGCCAUUAGGCAUUGAUCCCUGUGGGAGAGGGGGGGAGGCAGCAGUACUGGUUGCAGAUACUCCCGAGCACGAGUACGGAGUAAAAGUCACCUGGAGGCGGCGGCCGCACAUAAUGAGGUACCUGCGGGAGCAAGGGAAGCUGAGCGCUGCGGACAUCCUGGUGAAGGCAAACAUCGAGCUCUCGAGGAGGCAGGCCCACACCUGACCUGGCGGGAGCAGCCACUC